AUGGCACGAGCUAAAGAAUUAGAAACAGAAGCACUCGAUGAACGUUCGAAUCAAUCGGCAGUUGAACGACAAACGGAAGCUUCACACAAGAGUGGUACUAUUUGGGAAGCUGUACGUAAAGCGGAUCAGGCAGCACUCGAACGCCUUCUCGAUGCUGAUUCCAACAGUAUCAAUGCAAGAGGUCCUGUUGGUGAGUGUCCCAUUCAUAUGUUAUUCUUAUAUGGAACUGAAGCUCAUCUCAAUAUGGCUCAAUAUCUCAUCACACGUUUUCCAGAGACUAUCGUACAGAGCUAUAAUCAGCCAGAACGUUGGAUGGAAGUACACGCAGCGACGACUAGCAAGACGAACGAUGGAAAUGACGAUGUUGGUGACAGGGAUAAAGUAGUCACAUCCGAAAAGGAAAAAGAGAGUCCACUAUGGAAACGUCUCAAUAAAGAUGGUUUCACUCCAUUGACACUAGCAGCUAAACUAGGUCUAUCUGAUAUGUUCUCUUUUUUACUUGACGAACGUAAAAAUGUUCAAUGGCGUUAUGGACCUGUCUCGUGUGUACUCUAUCCACUUGAUGAAGUCGAUCUUGAAUUUCAACAAGAAGAUGCACCACCUGGAGCUCUUGAAUUGAUCGUACAAAGUGCUCAUGCUGAACUUAUUAUGCAUCCGCGUCUUAUCGAUUUAGUCGAUAGAAAGUGGGAACGUUUUGCUCGACGAUAUUUUUUUCGACGUUUUCUUGUCACUCUUGCCUAUCUAUUCGUUUUUCUUCUGACUACAAUUCUCGAUCAGACACGAAUAGAAAGGAUAAAACAUGAAGGUGAUGAAAAUGUAGUCAUUAGUGUUGAAUAUCCAGCAUGUUUAUUUUGUGCUGGUAUCAUUAUUGUUAACAUUUUUCGUCUUCUCAAUAUACAAGCGCAAACGACCGUACUAGCACUUGUCUCUAUAAUAGGUUGGGGUUACAUGCUAUUUUUUGUUAUGGCUUUUCAACUUACUGGACCAUUUGUGGUUAUGAUUUAUGAAAUGCUUUUUCAUGAUGUCCUUCGUUUUUGUAUUAUUUAUAUGGUAUUUCUUAUCGGUUUUUCACAAGCAUUCUUUGUUCUAUUCAAUAAUAACGGUUUUGGUGGUUUUUUUAUGAGUGUCAAACAAUGUUUUCUUGGUAUGUUGGGUGAUUUUGAUAUUGAUCAUUACACGGGAACAACAUUUCAAUAUGCCAGUGUUUCAUUACUUGUCAUUUACGUUAUUGUUGUUACCAUUCUUCUCCUCAAUUUACUCAUUGCUAUGAUGGGUGAUACAUAUGGAAAUGUAAUCGAAGGUGCUACACAUAUAUGGCAUUUGGAACGAGCACGUAUUGUAUUUGCAAUUGAAAAUGAAAUGUCAACAGACGAACGUAUGUUAGAUGAAAAUAAAUAUUGGACAAAUGUCGAUGGUAAACGAUAUUUACAAAUUAUCCGCACCAAAAUUGAAAAUCAUUAUUUGACUAAACAACAUCAACAUGCCGUACUCAAUGCUCUUCGCCAAAGAUUAUCGCAAUUAAAUGAUAGAAAAACGCAUAUUGAUUCUUCUGAAGUUACAAAUACAGGAAAUUGUGAUCAUGACAUAGCUCAAUUAGAAGAGGCUACUGAGUGGCUCACUAUCCUAUUACAUGACACAGCAAUAUCCACCGAUGAUGAGCAAAGUCAAGCUAAUAAACCACUUCAAGUACCAAUUUCACUUCCAACAUUGGCAGAAAAAUUAUCAAAAGUUAAAUUAUCUUUUGAAGAAUCAAGUCAUUUUUUUGGAAGGAUUGCAACACAAUCAAGACCCUCUUAG